UUAAUUUAUGACUAAAACAUGCUACUCUAUUUUAUACAAAAAUGUUGUUUUUAACAUUUCAAUGAAAAGUUGACAAAGUAUAUAUAUUUGCUAAUCUUAAACCAGGAUGAUUAUGGACAAAAAGUUAUUUUCUGAGUUCCAAAAUAUAAGAUGAUUAAUAAAUGAUGUUACUGUUAGUUGAGAAUUUGACAAUUUAAAUCAUGUAGUUUUUCUUUCAACUACUAAAAUUAUAAAUAAUUAUUAAAUAAUAUUUUUAAAAAAGUAUAUUUAAAAAAAAUAUAAAUAAUUAUUAAAUAACACAAAAACAUUUGAGAAAAUCCCAUUAAAAAAAACUCUCAACACAUUUAAUAUCAAGAAGAUGAUGACCAUUUGUUAAAAUAAAAUAAUUACAGUUACUCUUAAUUUCUUUUCGCUACAUGCAAGAUUCACAUCCCCUAUAUAUAGUAUCUGCCUCCAAAUUGGUUCUCUUGAUCGUUAAGCUAAGAAAGCCGGAAACUUCAUACUCCACCUUCAACGGUUAACUCGAGUUCCUGAUUUCUUCAUUUUCGCCGGCGAUUUUCUCCUCGCCACUCUCCUUCGCCCUCCGUUUCAAGUUCAAUUUCUCGGCGCAGGUAUGUACGAAUUAUCCCCCGUUUUGCGAACGAUCGCCAUGAAAGUCUCUUUCUUGGUUUUCUUGAUUGUAUCUAAUCAGUUGGUUUCAAAUCAGAUCCACUUCCACUUCCACUUCCACGGCGCGGCGCGAUUCUUGUUGAUUCUUGAUUUUCCGUCGAGGUAUGUAUCCCUUAAAGAAAGAUCUCCAUGAAAGGUCACGUCUUGCUUUUCUUGUGUUAUAUUGAUAUAAUGAGGUUUGUAUAAUUGGUAAGAAAUAGUUGUUUGUAGUCCUUCUUCCGCCUUCGUGAUUAGAUCUUUCUCUAAAGGACCUUUAAGUUUCUUUGUAUAAUUGGCAAAAGAAAAUGGUUGUGGUCAUGAGUUUGUAUAAUUGUCAAGAAAUGAGUUGUUCUGUAGUCUAUGAUUAAGCUUCAGUCUUGGUUUUUUUUUUGUGUGUUGUUGCUGAUCAGGUUUGUAUAACUGGCAGAAGAAAAUGGUUGGUAAGAUUGUUCUGGAAACUGGAGAUAUCUUGAGUCCACCAAAGCCUGAUGAGAGUUCACGCAAAAUGGUUACUUCAGAGUCUCAAGCUGCUGAUGAUCUUAAGGCAAAAGGAGAUAUGCUCAAAGACAGCUCCAGUGAUUUGAUUGGAAAUGAAGAGUCGGUUGUGUCUGAAAAGCCUGAUCAGAGUUCACGCAAAAUGGCUACUUCAGAGUCUCAAGCUGCUGAUGAUCUCAAGGCAAAAGGAGAUAUGCUCAAAGACAGCUCCAGUGAUUUGAUUGGAAAUGAAGAGUCGGUUGUGUCUGAAAAGCCUGAUCAGAGUUCACGCAAAAUGGCUACUUCAGAGUCUCAAGCUGCUGAUGAUCUCAAGGCAAAAGGAGAUAUGCUCAAAGACAGCUCCAGUGAUUUGAUUGGAAAUGAAGAGUCGGUUGUGUCUGAAAAGCCUGAUCAGAGUUCACGCAAAAUUGCUACUUCAGAGUCUCAAGCUGCUGAUGAUCUCAAGGCAAAAGGAGAUAUGCUCAAAGACAGCUCCGGUGAUUUGAUUGGAAAUGAAGACUCGGUUGUGUCAGAAAAGAAUAUUCCUCAGGAUCUUAUUGAAUUGAUUCUUCAACGCCUUCCAGUGAAGUCAAUUUUUCGCUUCAAAUUGACUUGCAAAGACUGGAGGAGUCUCUCUACCCUCCCAAGGUUUAUCUACAAACACUUACAAGUUAGUCAGAGGCGGCUGUUUCUUCACAUAAGGGGCUCUCAAGUUUGGCAGCAUGAUCUAGAAACUGCUACAUAUUCAAGGAUCCAAGACUUUGGAGAAGAAAUUGUAAGCAUCUCACACUGUGAUGGCCUGGUUCUGUUGAGCACAUCUUGCUAUGAGCCUUCAACCAAAACUCUCUCAAGGAGGAUAGCUAUAUGGAGUUGCUCUCAUGGUGAAUGCGCCUGGAUACCUAGAAUUGGGCUCUCCUUCUAUGAUUUCUACUGCCUAGGGAGAGAUAGCAAGAAAUCCUACAAAGUAUUGCGAUUCACACAUGGAAGACAUGAUCAGGGUGAUUUUGAAGCAGAAGCAGAAGCUGAGUUAUAUGAUCUUGACUCACAUCGCUGGAAGACUGUUGAGAUAAUAGAUGACUGGAUUACACAUGGCAACGGCAACUUUGGAGUCGUGUCCGUUGAAACGAGCUCAUAUUGGGUUGCUGCGACAGAGGGUACAUAUUUUGUCCAGAGCUUUGACUUCACUGCCGAAUGUUUUAGAGCCAUAACUCUCCCAAAAGCAGUUGCUCUCUCUGGUGGAAAAACACUGGCUCUGUCGCCAUUUGAACACCAAAAGCUGUCUAUUUUGUGUCAGAUAGCAGACAAAACCGAGCUUUGGAUUACUCAGGUUGGAGAUGUUGUGAAUUGGGAGAGGUUUCUUGUUUUUAGAGGACAUCAGCUUAUACCUCACAAUCCAGCCUUUCUCAUCAUGGAAAAAAUGGUCAAGGUGUUUUGUGAAGAAGUAACGGUUGAUAGAAGUUUUGCUAAGAUCAAAAUCAGACAGAUAGGUCAGGGCGGCUUUGAAGAUACCCAAAUAGCUCAAUAUCGAUUUGAUAGGCCUACAAGGAGUUGCCUGUAUACAGAGAGUCUGGUUCCCUUGCCAUGAGGUACAAUGUUUCUGAGGCAAAGCAUCAAUAUAGUCUUCGGUGACAGGACAGUUUUUUUUUUCUCUGGGAGUAUGAUAGGAAACCAGAUGCGGCAGACAAGGUGUUUCUGAACAUGUUAAUACAAAUUUGUUGUAGAUUUGCUUAAGAGAUUCUUUUUGGAUUGGGAUACAGAGAUACUAUAGAGUCAACGGUAAAGCACAGUUUUUUUCCUGAGAGAGUAUGAUAGGAAACUAGAGGAGGGAGAGCAAAGUGUCUCUUUAACAUGUUCUUGUUGUGGAUUUGGUUACAGUUUCUUUUUGGAUUGAAAUACAUAGUCAGUCAAGUGAACUGAACUUUUACUGAAUUCAAAGUUGAGAUCAUAAAUUGGCCAUCUCGGAUGGUGGUGUUUGCUGUGUUGUUUGGUUGAUAAUCUUGUUUGAUUGAAUUCACACUGAUAGCUUAUGCUUUCAGUGACUUAGUCUUGUCCAGAUGGUCUUUUUCUGAUGUUUUUCAAGAACAUGAAGAUUCCAAACAUACACAUAACAAAUGACAAAGAGCAAAGAAACUUUCACUAUAAAAGAGAGAGAGAGAGAAGGCGACCCUCUUAUUACAAAUAAGAAGAACUAAAUACAUUAGCCUUUAGUGCCUCAAUCUUCAUUAGUUUGAUGAAACCAGUUAUGAGCAUACAUCCCACAAUAAAGAGAGCAAUCCUUGGCCUUGCAGACCAAGAUUUGGCUUCCAACAACUCAUUCCUAACCCUUUAGAUAUAUGAGCUUCGACCUUCACCUUCGUUUCCAUCUGCUCAAACACACUUUCUUAUUAGUGUCUUUCACCUCUGCUUCAAGUCUUGCAUUUUGGUAUCAUUCAAGAAUGUGGGUAUCAACUCUGAUCCAUCAGGGCCAUCUUUAAUACAUCCGUUCCAAUAACAGAACACAGGAAUCUUUCUUUUGUCCAUGAGCUCUUCAGCUAAGUCAGUCAAAGAGAAAUAUCAAAAGCCAUUGGUGAUAAUCAGAAACCCUUAAAAACUCAAGGUAGCAGUAGCAACAACCAGCAAUGCAAGAUAUAAAGAGAAAGCUUUCUAAAAGAGAGAAGUGAAUUAGAUAAACCCUUAACGAAAUGGAACUUUGUGAAUUGAGAAACCCCUAAAGCUGUCAUAUUUUUUAUUAAAAGAAAAUUGAGUUGACUAGAGGUGAAACAGGAAGAAGAAGCAAGGAUCAAAAGACGAUUAAAUUUUAGUAAACUUUUUUUUUUUUUUUUUACUUUUAUCACUUGCAGAAGAGUGUUGUAGUUAUUCCCUCGCCGUCUUGAGGUGAUUUGCUUCGGCCAAGUGUAUGUAGCUUUCUAUUACACGCCACCCCUUUGCAAGAGAUGUGUUUAUUUUUGGGUCUCUUUUAUUUUCGACAGCUAGAUUUUAAUUUAGUCUGUAAUCAAAUUAAUUUGGGUAAUCAACACAAUAAUGAAGUGUAUAUCAGACUUUUAAAUCCAUUAAGAGAAAGACAUGUCGGUAAAUCUUUUAUUCUUAUUUGUGCCGUUCGACUUUACGACCUAUAUCGCAGAUCCAAUCCCGGCGAAGAACAACAGAAAGCCAUUGGAGCAGAAGAAUGAAAAUGAUAUCGCGUAGACUUACUCCUCGCCUGUCUCCGCCAAGGAGAUGUCAGUUAAGUCUUUCGACAAAGUUCUGUUGGAGAAGGAGUUGAAGAAGCUUCGGAAGAUGGAGGAGUUCAAACCAAACAUGGUCAUAUGUUGAUCAAUGUCAGAAAACUGGAUGCGUGGGGGAUACUUGCUUCCAUCAAUGUCAAUUUUCAGCUGAUGGAAAAGCCAUUAAGAGCCACUUUACCUGCGAUGGAAACAGUGGGAUUGCAAAAGUGAUUGUCAGUACGAAUUGCAUGAUGACUAGAGGAAAAGAGACGGAGAGAAACCUACCAAGUACUUCGUUAAAUGGCCACUCAAACAUGUCUAUGGCAUUCAGACGUUCGCUUGUGGUCUACUAUUUUCAAAUUUUUGAACUUAACAAAGAGGUGGCAGAAAAGAACAAGGAGACAUAACUGGAAGCAAUGGAGGAAUAAAAAAGGACGAAGGAAGAAGAGGCCAUGAGUCAAAAGAAAGAUGAAGAUGAUCUCAUGGAACUCCAUAAACAAGAAGCUCUCUUAACUGCAUAAGAAGAAGGAGAAAACAGACAAUCUGAUCAAGGUCACUCAUUGACUCACACUUUCCCCUUUUAACUCACUAAAAUGCAUUGGUGGAAUUGAUCACUGCUACUGCUUGCACUGAGAAUAGAUGGAAGUUUUCAUGAUUGUAAUUCUGCUCAUCUACACCCGUUCAACGCUUUGGUUUGUUUCAUUUUCUCAAGCUUGAAUCCUUUCAGCGUGGAUAUAGAGUCUUUUAUGCUAAAAAUACUGUUUCCUUGGACUCUAAAGUCCUAAAUGAUAUCACAAAGAUAUUUGAUACGA